AUGCAAGACUCCGCCGCUAGGUGGCGCUGGAGGCAAACACGAAGGUAUGUGAUGAGGUCCUACUAUGUGCUGGGCACAGCUGCAGAAACUCACCUCCUAGCGAUGGGCGGCUUCCUCCCUGCCAGCCCUGAUGACCGAGGCCUCGCUGGACCAGAGUGUAUUAAUGCCCAGCAGCUCUCCUCCCAGCCCAGUGAGGAGGAGAAGGAGCCAUGA